GACCUCUUAAAUGUGAACGUGGUUGCGUUUAUUUCCUAUCAAAUGGUGGCUUUGGUCCCAAAGUCCAUCAAGAAGGACAAAAAAGAUGUCGAAGUAUUAAAAAAGGUGAAGAAUCAAACAGAUAGAGGAUGUGAUGAAGAUUCGAAUUUCAGUGAUCUACAUGAACACGUCUUCAACGAGAAAGAGGUGCAUUACAGCGUUCCAUUUAUGCACGAGACAGAGAUGUUGCGCUCAUCUCAGUAUUUUUACGAGCAAAUGAAGCUGAGGAGAAGUGUUCGAAGCUUCAGUUCCAAAUCGGUACCGAUGAAGAUCGUGCAAAACAUUAUAAAGACAGCAGGCUGUUCUCCAAGUGUAUGCAACGCACAGCCGUGGAAAUUCUGUGUGGUUGUAGAUGACAAGAAAAAGGCAGAGAUACGUGCCAUAAUAGAAGCUGACGCAAGGGAGAACUACGUGCGUUCCGAAUGGGUGAUGGGUGUUUCACAACUACAAGAGACGUGGAAACGACCAUACCUCACCGAUGCACCACUCUUGCUGGUUGUCUGCCAUGAGGUACUUAUCUAUGUAGUUUCUUAUUGCUUAUUAUGA